AUGAGUUCUUCAAGGACCCGUGUUGAUAUCGACGACGCUGAUCCACGCAUCCACUACUCCGCUGGCUGGUCGACCGGAAAAGAUGGCAACGCGUACGGUCGAACUCUGCACUACGCACAGUUUGCGGGGUUGACAGCCACCCUGAGGUUCAAUGGCACAAUGGUCGGCAUCAUGGGAUGCGGAGGCGACACAGCCUCGAUUGGCUAUCCGUCAACGUCGAUCGUCAUCGACGGGAAGAACGCGAAUCUCUUCCGGAUCACCACCAACACCCCCACAUCGCCAGCCGCCCUGAGCUACAACCUCACUCUGUUCUCCUCGACUACCCUUCAACCCGGAGCACACACUAUUGUGCUCACAAACCUCAACGAGACUUCGCCGAAUCUGUUCGUACUAGACCGGUUCUGGUACAUCGCUUCGGACGCCUCAGAUGCAACGAGCGUGAGCGAAGUGCUCGGGCAACCUUCGGCGUGA